AUGGCCUCUUCAUCACCUUCAACCGGCCCGGCUCCUGCUAUUCCAAGCGGACCAGCCGCCUCCCUUCCGCCGGGAAUCGGCCUGGAACGGAGCGAGUCGGGGAGCCUUCUAAUCGCCGGACGGGCUAUCGUCCUAGUGUUAUCCAUCGUAUCCACUAUCUUCGUGGCAAUAAGAGUGUAUACUAAAAUCUUCAUCGUCCGCCGCAUGCGGAAAUCAGACUAUGCUAUGAUCUUCGCCUGGGCCCUGGUAAUGGGUUUCAUGGCGCCCGUAUGGCUCUAUAACGACGCGAGUCCGGGCGUGGAGUAUAUCACGUUAAACGACAUGCUGCAGGCUCUCUAUUACUACAUCGUCGGCGCCACCAUCAGCAGUAUCUGCUGCUUCUUUGUCAAACUCUCGAUUCUCCUGCAGCUGGUCGAGAUCUUCGCCCGGACCCGGGACUGGUUCUACUGGACGUGCUACGGGCUCGUGGCCGCGAAUUUCGUGUUCUAUACGGUCGGGGCGUGUCUGAUGCUGGCAUGCAGACUGACACCGGGCAGAUGGCAGUCCUUCCUGCUGACCGGACAGUGCAUGAACGCCCGAAUGAUGAACGUGAUCAACAGCUCGAUCAAUGCCGCAUCGGAUCUGAUCAUUUUGGCCCUUCCGCAGUUCAGGAUCUGGAGACUGCAGAUGCCCCUGAGGAAGAAAAUCGGGGUCUCGGCCAUCUUUCUUCUUGGUUUAUUCGCCUGCGCCUGCGCUAUCCUCCGCCUCGCCUACGGAAUCAUCCUUCUGUCCGAGACGUCCAACCGUGUCUACUGGCUGGCCGGGGUCUGGGUGGUGCCCGAGCUCACGGCCGGUAUCAUCGCAGGCUGCCUGCCCUCGUUCGCCAAGUACGUGCGCCACAUCCUGUCAACCGGGCGCGCCACACAGCUAGGCAGCUCCUUUCGACACCUGUGGACCACUGCCACUGGCCGCGGACAUCCUAGUGCCUCCAAAGGAGUUUCGGCAGGGACGUUCGUCGAGGUGAUGGGCGUCGCGGCCGUCGUGGCCCCAAAGGCCAGCAAGACUCCCGAUCCGCAUCCGUUGACCAGCUGGGCGAGUGAGCAGAGCACGGUCGACGGAAGGGAUACGGACUACUAUCGAGGUCCGUAA